GACACUACACUUGUUCUGCAGAGCCAUUUGAACCAGGCUGAACAUGCUUACAUUUGUGGAAACUCCCAAGGUUAGUUUUGGGUCUCAUCCUGCAUGGUAUCUACAGUGGGUUAGUUUUGGGUCUCAUCCUGCAUGGUAUCUACAGUGGGUUAGUGUUGGGUCCCAUCAUGCAUGGUAUCUACAGUGGGUUAGUGUUGGGUCUCAUCCUGCAUGGUAUCUACAGUGGGUUAGUUUUGGGUCUCAUCCUGCAUGGUAUCUACAGUGGGUUAGUUUUGGGUCUCAUCCUGCAUGGUAUCUACAGUGGGUUAGUGUUGGGUCCCAUCAUGCAUGGUAUCUACAGUGGGUUAGUGUUGGGUCUCAUCCUGCAUGGUAUCUACAGUGGGUUAGUUUUGGGUCCCAUCAUGCAUGGUAUCUACAGUGGGUUAGUUUUGGGUCCCAUCAUGCAUGGUAUCUACAGUGGGUUAGUUUUGGGUCCCAUUAUGCAUGGUAUCUACAGUGGGUUAGUUUUGGGUCUCAUCCUGCAUGGUAUCUACAGUGGGUUAGUUUUGGGUCCCAUCAUGCAUGGUAUCUACAGUGGGUUAGUGUUGGGUCUCAUCCUGCAUGGUAUCUACAGUGGGUUAGUUUUGGGUCCCAUCAUGCAUGGUAUCUACAGUGGGUUAGUGUUGGGUCUCAUCCUGCAUGGUAUCUACAGUGGGUUAGUUUUGGGUCCCAUCAUGCAUGGUAUCUACAGUGGGUUAGUGUUGGGUCCCAUCAUGCAUGGUAUCUACAGUGGGUUAGUGUUGGGUCCCAUCAUGCAUGGUAUCUACAGUGGGUUAGUGUUGGGUCUCACCCUGCAUGGUAUCUACAGUGGGUUAGUGUUGGGUCCCAUCAUGCAUGGUAUCUACAGUGGGUUAGUGUUGGGUCUCACCCUGCAUGGUAUCUACAGUGGGUUAGUGUUGGGUCUCACCCUGCAUGGUAUCUACAGUGGUUUAGUUUUGGGUCUCACCUUGCAUGGUAUCUACUAUCUACAGUGGGUUAGUUUUGGGUCUCACCCUGCAAGGUAUCUACUAUCUACAGUGGGUUAGUUUUGGGUCUCACCCUGCAUGGUAUCUACAGUGAGUUAGUGUUGGGUCUCAACCUGCAUGGUAUCUACUAUCUACAGUGGGUUAGUUUUGGGUCUCACCCUGCAUGGUAUCUACAAUGGGUUAGUGUUGGGUCUCACCCUGCAUGGUAUCUACAGUGGGUUAGUGUUGGGUCUCAUCCUGCAUGGUAUCUACAGUGGGUUAGUUUUGGGUCUCAACCUGCAUGGUAUCUACUAUCUACAGUGGAAUAGUUUUGGGUCUCAUCCUGCAUGGUAUUUAUUUAUUUUCCAUUAUUUUACCAGGUAAGUUGACUGAGAACACAUUCUCAUUUGCAGCAACGACCUGGGGAAUAGUUACAGGGGAGAGGAGGGGGAUGAA